AUGUUUUCUCAUCGAGUCUCUGCGGUUUUUAGCUCCGCUGUGAUCCGGGUAAUGGCUUUCCAGUUCCUGAGAUGGAUCCCGGGGUAUCCUGCGCUGAAUAUCCUCUUCACAUCGUUGGCAAUUUAUCUGUCCUCCCUGUACUUUCUACUUCAUGAUGGAAACCUUUCUCAAGGGGGUGCCAAGAAUAAGCAUAACAUCACCCCUAAAGGUCAUGAUCAAGUUAAAGACCCAUCUGAGCCUAGUGAUUCGGCCCUGAAGUCACUGCUGACAGGUCUUCCCUCCAAAACUUCGCCCGUGUGGACCUGGAUUACCGCGCUCAUCAAUAUCGCCGUGUCCUUGUUGGCCCUCGAUUUCUUGAUGAGAGGCAUAGUAUUCUAUCCGAGUAAUGAUCUUUCUUUUGCUCGGAUUGGCCAUGUAUCUCCAACAACCGCCAAACUGGUACUCCGUGAGCCCGACACUGCACAAUUGCCGGUGGUCGUUUCCUACCAGGAUACAUCACUAGCCUCCCCAAACUGGAUCCAAGAAGGCACAGUCUACAAACUCGACAACACUACUGAUUUCACCACGACUAUUACAUUCAAGGACUUGCAGCCGGAAACACCUUAUCGGUACUCUUUGUCGAACAACAAAACAGGUACUUUCGUGACCUCCGCGCGUCCAGGAUCACCAGCAGCCAGUCGACUAUCGUUUAUCACAUCAAGUUGCAUAAAGCCAAAUUUCCCAUACAACAUGAUGUCGCACCCGCUCCGGGUUCCAGGGAUCGAGAAAAUGACCGAAGCAAUUGCCAAACUGCCAUCUCUGCUCCGUCCCGCAUUCAUGCUCUUCCUGGGAGAUUUCAUCUACAUAGAUGUUCCGUACCGCUUCGGCUCCUCAAUGGAACACUACCGCAGCGAGUACCGCCGCAUCUACUCAUCCCCCUCAUGGGACUUCUCCUCCGGAGACACACGCGCUCUCGAUCUACCGUGGAUCCAUACCCUCGACGACCACGAGAUCGCAAACGACUGGAAGGGCAACAAAACCGCACCAUACCCGGCCGCCGCAGAUCCCUUCAUUCAUUACCAUGUCAGCGGGAACCCGCCAGUCCCGGCAAAGCCUUUCGCCGACCCAGACAACGUUACCUAUUUCUCCUUUGUGAACGGCCCAGCUUCAUUCUUCAUGCUAGACACCCGGACCUACCGCUCCCAGCCAUCUCAGCCCGACUCCUCUAUUCUAGGCUCCGCACAGCUGCAGUCACUGCUCGAAUAUCUCGCCUCCCCCGAGCCCGCAGGCGUGUACUGGAAGUUUGUCGCAUCCAGCGUCCCAUUCACCAAGAACUGGCGCGUCGGCAACACCGAUACCUGGGGAGGUUUCUUGAACGAGCGGCGCACUGUCUUCGAGGCAAUGUGGCGUGCUGAGCGAGAGCUCGGUGUCCGGGUGGUCCUACUCAGCGGGGACCGGCACGAGUUCGGCGCAAUACGGUUCCCUGAUCCUGCGCUUGGACUACCCAUAAACGAACUCCAGCCUCGUACUGCGGGUGUCGGGUUGCAUGAGUUCAGCGUUGGUCCGCUCAGCAUGUUCUAUCUUCCCAUCCGCACUUUCGCACAGAGGGACGAUGAGGAUGUGGCCGUGAAGUAUGCUCCGGACGGGAACAGUAAGUUUGGGAUGAUCGAUAUUGCUGAGGGCGAUAGUGGCGAGGACUCGGUGCUCACGUAUUCGCUCUAUGUGGACGGUGAGGCGGUGUGGAAAUACCAGCUUAGCGUUCCUCUCAAGAGUGAUGCGAGGAAGCUGCCGCUUUCACCUGGACGCGUACUCGAGGACAAGAUCGGCGAGGGAUGGGAUGUGCCAAUCAAUAAGGCGCUUGGGAGUUUCAAAGGCGUUGGAGGCAAUUUUGUGCGGACAGUUACCAAGCUGUACCAUUGCGUGGUUUGA